CGGGCCGCCGCCGGGAGAGUCGUCGCGAUGCGGCUCCGCGGGUCGGCCCCUGCCAGCGCCGGACGUCCCGGCUUUCCCGGACUAGUGGUCGGAGGAGGGCGGACCCGGAGCCCUGGAGCCGGCGGGCGGGAGCGAGAGGAGGAAGUCCGGCCGGCAGACGGGCGCCGGGGUCGGCGGAGGGAUCUGGGGCCGGGGCGGCGCGCGUGAACCCCGGGCAGUUCCUUCCGCGGGUGCGCGCGCAGGUGUUUAAAGGGAAGGCGGCCGCGGGGGCUGCGGGUUCCUCCGCUCGCCCGCGAGGUACUGUGGUCCCGACGCUUAGGGGGUGCGGUCCGCUGCUCUGGCUCUUCACGUGAAAGCCUGACAGCUGCAGGUUGCCGAUUCUAAUGAAUCUCUCCGUGCCUCCCGAGGAGACUCCACCGGGGCGGGACGGGCCCUGGAGCAGCAGCUCUCUCUUCUGCCCCGCGCCUUGCAGAAUCUCGUGCAAUCUUUCCGACUCUGAAGCCCAUGCUAGUUUUUUUUUUUUUUUUUUUUCCCCUUCCUUUUUUUUUUUUUUUCUGGAGGUCAGAGGCAGCUCAGAGAGCACACAGACUUCGGCUACAAAAUGGGUGGACUCCUGGGAGGAUGCUACCUCACUGUCAGGGCUUCGGACAUGAACUUUAAACAUGAGGUGGUGGGCAGGGUUCAUAGAUGGGAAAGGACCGUGUCUCGAGGAAUGCCUCCUGCAGUUACGGUGGUGAAGGGAAUGUAUGUAUACCGUCUGCUUCAGUUCAGCCACUAUUUACAGUGCGGGUCGUGAGCACUGCUGCUCUCCUGUCGCAGGCUCUGCUCGGACCCCUUUCCUACCCAACCAGUCUCAAGUUUUUUUUUCCAUCAGUGUUGUUUAUAGUAGGUAAAGAAAGCUUCAAGUAAAGUAACAUUUGCUAAUGAAACUGCAGGCAUCAAAUUCUGUUGCAAUACUUUCAAAAGCAGAAUGCUAAGCUAGGUCAUGGUCUCGGAGUCAUGGGAUAGAGCCCCACGUCUGACUCUGCACUCUCCACUCAGUGAGAAACCUGGAAAUGAGCCUGAAGAGGUGAAGCUGCAGAAAGCCAGCAAACAGAUUGUGCAGAAUGCCAUCUUGCAAGCUGUGCAGCAAGUCUCCCAGGAGAGCCAGCAGAGGGGAGAGAGAACCAGUGACAGCCGGGGCAGCCUCCAACUGGGCGUGGGGGAAUUAACCAAGAAGCAUGAAAAGAAGUAACACAGUGGAUUUGGCUCUUGUCAUGUGCUUGGUUUCCAGCCUUCCUCUUAGUAUAGGAUGCGUUGCCAAAAUGUUGCCAGUAAAGCAAACCAAAGUGUCAUCGGCACCUAGCAGUAGAAUGAAUUUGUGCUAGCCCUUGGCUGGGAAACACUGUGUUGAAAAAGUGCAUUAGACGAUUCUGUUUAUAUUAAUGCAGUGCCUCUGAAACAUAGCGGGGCCAAACACGACUCUGUAAUUGCAAAAGUAGUUUUGCAGCACAAUUUAUUUUUAAAGUUCUUUUUUCCUGAAGUUUCUGUCUUGUUUAUUUACUUUUGCCUUUUAUGCAUCUUUUUGCAAGUAUAACCAGCAAUCCUUUUUGCUGAAAUAUUGUUAUUGUGUUCUCUGUAAUAUUUGAAAAAAGACAUGCCGGAUAUGUGAAGGAAUGGAGUUUGUCAACUUCAAAUAUGGAUUCAAAGGCUUCACUGGGUUCAGGUCCAAGAUCAAGUUGAGCAAAAGCAAAUUCUAAGACUCAGUCCCUCAGGAUCUUUCAAGGCAUAUAUUUAUAUUACUUUUUAAAAAGGAGGAGUUUAAGUUUUUAAGAACUCUUUUUUUUUUCUCUCCAUGGUUUGUUAGCUGGUUUUCACUCUCUGUGCAAAAGUCCUUUAGAAAUAUGGAUUUCUUUUUCUAUCUCAAAUUAAAAUAAGACAAAUGAUGGGUAUAUAUGCAUGAGUUGCCAAUGAUCCAAUUUUUUUUAGCAGCCCCAUGAGGAGCAACUAGAACUAUAGAUUCCACCCUGGGGAUACACUGGAGUCCGAUUAUGGGGUACAGUGUCCAUGGAAAGAGUUUUGGGGCUUUUUAAAUACUAUGUUGUCAUCAGGCUCUGCCGUCCCACUAGUACCUUCCUAAUAAGAACUUUUCCCUUCCCACUCACAAAUUAAAAUUAUAUUUUUGAGAUUAUGAAAAUCAUACAUAUCAGGAAUAAAUAACACUGAAAAUGGGGAAACCAUUUUUUUAAAACUCUCUGAAGCACGAAAAUACAGUGGAAAUGAUAAAGUAACAGUGUUUUGGACACUACAAUAAUGGAGAUACAUGUGCAUAUGAAAAAAGCUAUCAUUAUUGUAAUAGUAUGACUUCUACCCCAUAUCAAUAAGGCACAUAUUUCUGGGGUCAUUAGAACCCCAUUGUCUGGGUUUCACAACAGUCAUUGAGUUGGUGCUACUGAAGACAGAGAAAGAAUCUGACCAUUAGUAAAAACCCUUUGGCUUCAGAAUAUCAAAAUCUAUGUUUGAUUGUUUUUUUUUUGAAAGCCAAUAUCAGCACAUAUGAUAUAAUUGAUAUUAAGAUUUACUUCUAGAAUUCCAGAAUGUUACACUUUCCAAGAUGGAUACUAUUGAUAAUAUUAGAUAAAUGAAAACACUCUCUUAUCAGCUUUGUUAGACUGUCUCACAUGAUGCAUGGCUGGAAUAAAUUCACAGAAAGAAUGGCUGUGAGAGGGAGCAGAGGGAGUUAAAAUUUAAAUGUGCUUUAUUUCUAAAUAUUUUUUAGCAGAACUUAUGACAAUUGGAGAAUGAGUUUAAAUUGAUUUGAAGUCAUAUAAUCAAUAUGAUAUGAUUGUACAGUAUGUGGAUAAUGGGAAUGAAAGUAUUAAGAGAAAUCAUUCAGAAAGAUCUACUAUAAAAAUAAACCCAACGCUUGUAGUUUGCAGGUGAUCUAGCACCAUGUCUAUCUACUAAGAUGCUGGUUAUAACCAGUCCUGGACCCUGCUGUCAAAUCAUGUGACAGAAAUAUAGAAAUGCGCUAUCUUUCUUCUCUGGUGUGUCUGUGCUAAUACAUUGGGGAUCUUUGAGAAUAUCUGAUUAACUUCUGUAUCUAAACAUUAUUUGUAAAUAAAAUAUAUCCAGCUUUGAAA